AUGGCCGAAAGCAGCACUAGUGAAAAUAAGCCAUCUGUUGUAGAAGACUUUUUCUCAGCUUUAUUUGGGAGCAAAAGCACAAGUAGUAAUACUGCUAGUAGUACUACGGAUAGUCCUAGUUCUGAUAUUCCAGCUCCUGCUGUAGUUACUACUCUACCUGCUAGUCCUUCUAAUUCUACAAACACAUCCACAGCUACCAGUGCUAUUAUUACACCUCCGUUUAUUCCAAAAGCAGAUAGUCCAAACAAGUCAUUCACUACUAUUGAAGCAGAACCCAAUCCAGUGUUAGCGUCGUCGUCGUCGUUGUCGUUGUCGUUGUCGUCAAAUAAUAAUGCCGAUGCUAAUAGUAUUAUACCCGAAGACCACCCACAGCCACCAUCAGCAGCUUCUUUAGAAAAAGAAGAGUUCCAUGAGCGUGCUACGGAGAAAAACUCUGAUGUCAUCACUGAAAAUUUUGCAAAUGUGGAAGAGAAAGGAAAGGUCCUAGAUGAGUUUGAUGAGUAUGCGCUCUUGAGUAGUAGAAAAAAUACAGAGCCAUCUAAACGUCGUUUUUCUUCAUCAAGACAGUCUAACACGACUUCGGAUCCUACUCCUGCUAGUCAUUCUACUACUACUACUACUACUACUACUACUACUAUUAUUACUCCUAGUUCUAUGCAUGGCGAUUCGCCAGUUCAGAUUUUAUCCAAAAAAGAAAUUGAUUGGAGCACUGUUUCCCCUGAGUCGCGCAUGCUAAUCCGUCAACUCCCUCAAGGUGUGAAUAAGCAGGAAGUUAUGGAUUACUUUAGCAAGUAUGGUGAUGUUAUUGAAGUUGUUCAGAAAAACUCUUUUGGUUUCGUUCAUUUUGAGAAACCAGACAUGUGUGCUCGUGCUGUAAAGGCUGAGAAUGGCAAAAUAUUCAAUGGUGUUGUAUUAGAAUUAGAGAUAUGCAAAAAGAAACCUUUCUUUGCACGUGCUCGUGAAAAUGUGCAUACAUCUGCCACCCGUAGAACAGAUUCCCCGCCUCAACGCCGUCGCCGUGAACGCUCCGUCGAUUUGGGACGCAACCGAAGCCGUUCACCUCCACGUCAACGUGUUCGAAAGAACGAUCCUUCUAAGGCUUUAGAACGCAAUAAUUUCAGAGGUCGCCAGGAACAACAUAAUUUGGAUAACCACGACAGAGCGAAAAGUAGAAAUGAUUUUGGAAAGCCAGGUGCUAUGCACAAUUAUGGCUCGAAACAAGCGACUUCCAUGUACCAACCUAACUUUAAGAAUUCUUUGAUCCUUCGUAAGAAUAACAUUGUACCUGUUGUCCAGAUUAUAUCAUGGAGUGAUGCCUAUCGAGGGUUUGUUGCGACAGUUGAAAAAAUGUUUGUACAAAAUCGGAUAAGUACUUCUUCUGCUACUUUAUAUUAUACAAAGGAUAAUCGAGAAAACGUCGUAAAGCAAAUGGUUUUAGAAGGGGUCAAGGCGCUUGUCAUGAUCGAUCGUGCUAAUGAAGCCAAGCAUAAAGUUUAUUUGCAAGUGUUUGCUAUGAACCAGAAUGGUGGUGUUCAUUUUGAUGAAUAUGAUAGCGUAACUCCUAUGGAAGCAGUCAACAUUGUAAAGCGUUCACAACCUCAAGCCCCCCCUUCAUUACCAGCUCAACCACGGCCUUAUUAUAACAACCCACCUACUUUCGCACCUCUAUCUCAAGCGCCACCACAGCCUAUUCAGUAUCAUCAUCAUCAGCAACAGCAGCAACAACAACAACAACGACAACAACAACAACAACAACAACAACAACAACAUCAACUACAUCAACUACAUCAACCCUAUAUUCCACAAUCUCAACCUGCAGCCCCGCCAUUAAACAUUGAUCCUAAUACCUUGAAAACAGUUCUCAACAUGCUUCAAGCACAAAAUAGCUCUGUACCUGUUGCACCUGUACAGCCCUCCAUAAGUCAACUUAUUGCUACUUUAGCUUCUGGUUUGAAUGUGAAUACUCCUUCUCCUGCUCAGGCUCAUUCAACCCCGCCCAUUUUCCCUGGUGUCACAACCUCCAAUAAUACCACACCUGUUGCACCGGCCUGUAUGAAUGCCCCAGCACAACCCUACGCACCACCUUCUUCAAUACAGCAGAAUCAAACAUUUAGUCCUCCGCCUAUAUCUUCACAAGUACCUUUUCCAAAUGCAGCGACCACUGCAAGUCAGCCUAAUAUUGCCGCGCUGUUAAGUACGGCAGCUACGGGCAAUCCUGCUUUGGCAUCGUUGCUAUCUCAGGUUACUGCUAGUUUAAGCGCUACUAAUAAUAUCAACCACAAUCAUCACGUUCCCUCCAAUCAUCCUCCAGCCAACCCCUUUUCACCAUCAAUGAAUCAACGAAAUACACAAACACCACCAGCCUCCUCGUCUUCAGAGUACGCCAACCAGGCUCGUCCUGGUUACAAUUAUGGCGCGUAUACACAUAUGUGA